AACGUCACAUGACAUGCAGCGCACCAGGAUAGCUGCUUGCAUUUGUUGUGUAAGUUUUCUGUGCGUUAGUUUUAGAUGAGGGUCCUUUUCCACAAGCAUGCAACAGGGUGACGUGGUUAAAAAAAAAAACGUCGUUUUAUUCAAGUGUGACUACAGCCGCUUACAUGACAGAAAGAACAAGCAAACUGAGGCGAAGCUUGUUGAAGAACAAGAAGAAAGACGAUGCUAAAGCUGAAGCUUCUACAACCAAAACUCCAAUCACCUCCUUCUUCAGCAGCCAGCCUCCACCCAACCUGGCCUGUCCCCUCUGUGGACAAUUUGUCCCAAGAUUCAAGAUCAAUGAUCACAUUGACUUGCAGUGUCAGAAGUUUGAUAGAGGAGACAGCACUGGAGCUUCUGGAGGUAGGAAUGAUGCUAGAAGCGUCCAGCUGUCGCCUGGAAGCAAUCUGUCAAAGUCCCCUGAGCUGGACCAGAAAGGGGAGGACACAAAAACCAAGACGAGUCCUUAUUUCAAGAAGAAUAACUCUCAGCAGACUUCACGGGAGAUAAACAGCAAGACUGUGGUCAGAACCAUUGGCCUAGGAAGCUUGUCUUCAAAGUUAUCCAGAAAACAUGCAGAGGUUAGCAAUACAUCUGAUCAGAUGGGCUCUGUGGAGUCAACCAGCAGCUCCCUGAAGGAAAAUGUCCAGGUACAGAGAUUAGAAGACAAUAAUGAUUGUGUUUCAGUGUUAAACACCAGCGUAGACGCUCCAGCAGCAACGAAAGCCCCAUCAUCUGUAGAAAAACAAUCAGAGACUGUGGUCUCCUCCAAGCGACCAAGUUCCCCUGCCAGACUAGCGAAGAGGAAAAAGAAAGCCACCUUCAGUGUCAGAGGGUCUCGUUUAGGGAAGAAAGGAAAAUAUGAAGGAAAUAGUGGAGAAUCAGAGGAGGCAUCAUCUAGUCUUGAUCCUGAGGAACCCAACACAGAGCAGCAUGAAUCUGAAAUGCUCCCUUCUCUCCAUGAUACGCCUUUCAGUUCAGAGGAGUUGUUUGAAAAGAGCAUUGCAGGAACCAGGGUGGGUUCAGUGCCAGAGUCUGGUGCUGAGAGCUCUAAUUCCCCGUCCCUUCCCUACUACCUGCGUAACUUCCAGACCGUGCUGCACGCCGUGUUGGAGAAUGAGGACGACAGGACCCUCUUCAACCAGGACGAUAUGUCAGUCGUUGAUGGAUUUCAGAGGUCAUCAGUAACGGCUCAGAAGCUGUAUGUGAGGCUCUUUCAGAGGAAACUGAAGUGGCUCCAGGUAAAUAAACUGGAUUAUGGAGAGAUCUGCGGUGAUCUGGGGCCUGUUGCCCAGGAACUGGCUCAAAGUGGUUUUCUACAGACAGAGAAGGACCUCGAGGAGCUUGUGGAGGCUCUGGAUCUCCUGCCAGCUCCUGAACUAAAAGUUCUUGCUAAAACCUUCCAUCUGGGCAGUUCUGGCACUCAGAAACAGCAGUUAGUUGAUGGGCUUCUUCGCCUGAGUAGGCAAAAGUCUUUCUUCUCUCCGGCCUCCAGUCAGAGCAAAGUUGGAACAGUGAUUCUGAAACGGGCAAAGCAGCUUGCAGGCUCCUGUGUGCGUCUGUCUCGUGGGCCUCGGGCCGUCUUCUCCCGCAUCCUGCUGCUCUUCUCCUUGACGGACACCAUGGACGAGGAAGAAAUGGCAGCUGGAGGUCAGAAUCAGCUUUUUACCAUCUUGUUGGUAAACUCGGGCCGUCUGGCCUUCCCAGACUACACCGUGCAGCGAGUGGCCAAGGUGUUUCGAGAUAGAGAGGAUCUCAUCAGAUAUGAAGCAUCCAUGCGAGCGCUUCUAGAGGUUACCCUGGCCAUGCAGGGUGGUCAGUGGGAGCAGGCCCUGGAGCUUUACACUGCCGCCAAAAGAGCCUGGCGUGAGCUCAGCGCCAACCACGAUCUGAGUCACCAGGAAGAGCUGCCAGUGUUCCUCCGCAGCUUCACUACAGGAUGGGCGUACACACGCAUCUUAUCCAGAGGAGUGGAGAUUUUACAGCGGCUGCGUCGCUAUGAGGAAGCAGUAGAAGAGCUGCAGGCCUUACUAAAGCAGCCUGUUUACUGUCCUGACAGCCGGGGCCGAUGGUGGGACCGGCUGGCUCUGAACCUCCAGCAGCACCUCAAAAAAUCUGAUCAAGCUAUCUGUGCUAUAAGAGAUGGGCUGUUGGAUCCUCUGGUUCGCACAGGAUACAAACUCUCCCUCCAUCAGAGAGCUGUCAGGAUGAAAGAGGCCCCCAGCUGCAAAAAGUACCGGCUCCAACUCAGAGAGCUGCCCACCGUCCAAGUCCGAGAUGUUAAACAUGUGACUAUUCGAGGUCAGCUGUUUCCUCAUGAAGGCGGCAUGGGGAAAUCUAGAUUUCUUUUACCAGACAGUGAAGAAGGGGACAGGAGUGCUCAUGCUACUGUAAUAUGUUCUGUAGAGGAGCUUUGCUUGGCCCACUACCGAUUACUAGGCUUUGACCAAGGGAUCCAUGGAGAAGAAUCAACAUUCUCCACCUUGUUUGGUCUUCUAUUGUGGGACAUUAUCUUCAUGGAAGGCAUUCCAGAUGUCUUCAGAAACCCAUACCAGACUUGUCCUCUGGAUUUUUACACCGAUUGUUUCUAUGAAAACAGACUGGAAGCAAUAGCCUCUCGUGUUCAGUUGCUUUGUGAAUCGUCUGUGGAAACGCUGUGUGACAUGCUGGAAGACGUCUGGAAAUCUCAGGAGGGUAAAGUGUGUUCGCUGGUCAGCUGGGACCGCUUCUCAUCCCUUCAACAGGCACAGUCUCUGAUUGCAUGUCUUGGCGGAGCUUUCCUUGGUGGAGUGAUAGACCGAAUGGCUAAGGACUACAGGCACUGCAGAGGAGGUUUACCUGAUCUUGUCGUGUGGAACAAGUCAAACAACACUUAUAAGCUGGUGGAGGUAAAGGGGCCCAACGAUCGGCUGUCUCAGAAGCAGCAGAUCUGGUUGGAUGAGCUGCAGCGACUUGGGGCUGAGGUCGAGGUGUGUCACGUGACGGCCACUGGAGCCAGAGGAGCUUGUCUCAAGGAAACAAAUAAACAAGUGUCGAAUGAGACUAAUUUAUCUGCCUAAAUGCAAACAUCGAGAAACGGCCUGCUAGGAGGGAAAAGAAACAUUUGUGUAAUUUCUAUCAGUGAUUACUGCUGACGAAUAUUUUGCUCUGUACUAAAAAUGUGAAAGUCUUUAGCUGAAAACUUAAAGUACAGGUUGUUCAUCAUAAGUUUCUUUGUCUGGUACAUUUCUGGUGCCUUCCCUCAUCUGCAUCAUGUCAGUCAGACGUUUACAUACUGUACACUCAUCAUGGGCAUGAAUGUUUUGAGCUUUUAAAGAUUUAUUUGAAUUGUUCUUUUAUUAGACUGUAAUGACUAAACAACUUUACGGAUUUUUAAAGACUAGAAUUGGUUGUUCAAGUUUGGUUUUAUUGUAAAUUCUUUCGAAACAACAGAGGUUAAAAAAAAAUAAUAAAUUCAGGGUCAAAUAUAUCCAUACACCCCCACUAAUAUAUGAUUGAAUGCCCUUUAGUUGGUUGCUUAAUAACUACACACUUUUGGAAGUCAUCAACAAGCUUUUGGCCUAUCUUUGGGUGGAUAUUUGACCCCUAUUCAUAUCAAAGGUAGAGUUUUUGUAAAUUGCUUGGUUUUCUGGCAGGGAUCUGGGUUAAAAAUCAUGGUCCACAAUUUUUAACUAGGGCGGAGGUUAGGGUCAUUCCAGAACCUUAUUGUUAGGCUGCUUUAUCAAUUCCAAAACUAGUUUUAAAGAUGUAUUAUUCCACUUACCUUGUAUAGUGCCCUAAUACCUUUAGAGCCAAACUGACCCUCCUCCUGCUGCCGUGCUUGACAGUUAUUUAGUAUACUGUUUUUAGAUUAGAAGGCCUAAUUAUGACUCUAAACAGUCUUGUAAUUGUAGCCAAAGAGUAAAGAGCCAUCUUUAUCGUAUCUGACCAUACGAUUUUUUUCCCCAGAAGGCAUUUGGCUUGUCCAUGUUGGCUGCUUUAAAUGACAGUCAAGUUUGAAGCUGUUAGUUUUAAAGCAGUAGGUACUUUCUUGGUAGUUCAUGUUGAUGUUAGAUUGGCUUGACCCCGCACCGGGCAGCUGGUGUUCCCACAACUUCUAUUUAAUGAUUUGCUUGAGUCCAGGUGGUUCCUGGAUUGUUCCUGAUUAUUCUAACCAAUCUUCUUUCUUUUAACUGACACAGCCUCAACUCCAUGAAAGAUUCACUGACUAUGCUUAAAAGGCAGCUCUGCAAAUAAACCAAGUAAUGGUGAAGAAACUGAAGGAAUUUAACAAGUUGCUAUUAUGCAAGAAGCUUUUUGAGGAGAACAAAAUAUGUUUUUUUCUGCAACUUCCUGAAGGAGAGUUAUCUAAUUUUUAGUGCAUGUUUAUAUGUUAACCUGUUUUAAUACCAGUGGAUGACUUAAAACAUACACCAAAAACUUCAAACUUAUGCACCCAAUGUCUUGUUUUCAAAAUUCAUUAAAUUUGUUUGCAGUAAAACCACUCUAUUAAAAAAAAGAAACUCCUUACAUGCAUCUGUAAAAAUCCUGAAGUAAUUAUAUUCAUACCAAUAAUGAGUGGGUGCGAUCUUCUGACCAGCAGUGUAAAAUACACCAUAUGAUGAGCAUCAUGGCAGAGAGAGGACAUAAUCAGAGGCAGGUUGUUUGCAGAUAAUUAGAGUGGAUUCAAGAACAAAAAUGGAUCCAACCACCACCAGAACCUCUAUUUUUUUUUUUCUAUUAUAAUAGCAACCUAUGUUAUCUGUAUGUCAGGUUACCAAGCAACAACAACAACAAAAAAUCACAUUUAUUUGGCAGCUCAAACUGCAUUAACUUCAUGAGUUUCUCGUUUAAAUAAUUACUGUGUUAAUUGUCUCUAAUUACGCCGAUUUCAUACCGAUGUAUUAAAAUAUCAGCUGGUACCCAAGAAGAAGUCUUGGGGUUGUUUUUACACAUCGAUAAAUUAAAUUUGUGUAAUUAACGUGCAA